AUGAGACUUUCAACAUCGCUGUACCCACAAGCCACUGGCGAUUGCUCAAGCCUACAAAAAAGACUGGCCGUUCUUCAGGACUACCAGAGAAGUUUGAAAAUUAUUUUCCCAUCACCUGAUAAGUUCUGGGAGGCCGUGAACACGGACUGUGCUGAUAGGACGAAAGUGCGGGCGCUAGGCAUAGCGCAACCGAACAACCACCACCAGACCGGCGGCGGCCUCACCGGCUCGCCAGGCAUUAGCAAACUGGCCGACAGCGGUACCAUCACCCUGCCGAAGCCGAUCCUCGGCGGGAGCUCCGGCAGCAAUUCGUCGGCGUCCAACAACGGGGGCAGCUUGGCGGCCGGAAACCUAGGAGGUAAUGGUACCGGCGGUUGCAACGAGUCCAGUGCUCAGGACACGAUUUAUCUGUGCAAUUUCCGCGUGUCGGUCGACGGCGAGUGGCUCUGCCUGAAGGAGCUGCAGGACUUAGACAUUAAGGACGGCACGCCCGGCCUCGGUGGUGGAAGUGGCAAUGGCGGAAGCGGCGGUGCCGGCGGUGGCAGUAGCGGCUUCGGCGGCAACGGUGACGGUGAUGGCUCGCUCAAUUCUUUCGGUAUCAUUGAGAACGUAAAGUGCGAAGAGAAGAUAAUCGAGCGCGAUUGGGUUAACUACUACUCACGCGAUCCGGCUUCCAUAGAGCGCAGCAACUUAGUCAACAUAUGCAAACUCGUCGUCAAAGAGCUUCUCGAGCAGUCGAUCCGCUUUGGGCGGAUGUUGGACUCCGAUCACCUCCCACUGCAGCAUUUCUUCAUCGUUCUGGAGCACGUGCUCAGACAUGGGCUUCGGCCGAAAAAGGGUCUCCUGGGACCCAAGAAAGAACUGUGGGAUAUUCUGCAAAGCGUGGAACGAUACUGCGUCGAAGCUCAGGACAUUACCUCAUCGGUGCGUGAUCUUCCCACGGUUCGAACACACAUGGGUCGCGCGAGGGCCUGGCUAAGACUGGCGCUUAUGCAGAAGAAGUUGGCCGAUUACUUGCAGGUGCUAAUCGAGCACAGGGAUGACACCUUGGCUGAAUACUACGAAUCGCAUGCACUCAUGAUGAGCGAUGAGGUUAUCAUUGUCAUUGGCAUUUUGGUGGGACUGAACGUGAUCGACUGUAAUCUCUGCGUCAAGGAGGAAGAUCUGGACUCACAACAGGGCGUAAUCGACUUUUCGCUGUAUUUGAGAUCAAGCUCGCGAAAUAGCCCAGACGACGAGAACAACGGUGGAAAUGGAACAGUGAAUGCAAUCGAGGGAAAUACAGCAACCGGAGCCAUGACUGCCGUGCUAGAUCAGAAAAACUACAUUGAGGAAUUGAAUAGGCAUUUGAAUGCGACCGUAGGUAAUCUGCAAGCCAAAGUAGAAUCACUCACGACAACGAAUGCACUGAUGAAAGAAGACUUGGCUAUCGCCCGGAACAGUCUGAUGGCCUUGCAGGCCGAAAACGCUGCUCUGAGGCGUGCCUCGCAGCACGGUCAGCCAUUGGAUGAUAAAACAAACGUACUGGAUCGGUUCGAUCCGGAGAUGGCCGAGGCGUUGGCGGAAGAACGCAAGAAACGACAGGAAAUCGAAAAGGAACUGACUCUUCAGGUAUCGUUGAAAGCGGAAACGGAAAUGGCAAUGAAGCUGUUGGAGAAAGACAUCCAUGAAAAGCAAGACACAAUUGUUUCACUCAGGCGGCAACUCGAAGACAUCAAAUCCAUCAACUUGGAUAUGUAUCGCAAGCUACAGGAAUGCGAAGCAUCAUUGAAGCACAAAACCGAGCUAAUGUCACGUAUGGAAACCCAGCGGGAAUCAAUGGCCGGGGCCAUAGCGCAACUGGAGAAAAAAUAUAACUCCGAAUCCGUUAGUCUGAAUGCUUUGCAAGAAACCUCGCAAGCCUUAUCGCUUCAGGUAGUGUCUUGCGAGCAGCGAGCUACACGUGCCGAGGCCGACUUACGUAUCGAACGGGAAUGGAGGACCGCUAUGCAGGAAAACGAAGUCAAACACAAGGAGCAGAUUAGCGCUCUCCAGUUGGAACUGCAGCAAAUCGGUGAUGAAUUGAAGCACCACAACCGUACUAAAGCCGAACUGGAGAAACUACGAACACAAUGGGAAGAAGAUCAACGAACUCUUGAAGAACUGGGAGUGCAGCUGAGCAUCAGUAAGUUGCAGAUUUCCGAUUUGAAAGAUAAGGCAUCACAUCAAACUGGUAGCGAACGGACUGGUAGCAGUAGUGAGGCGAACAGCAGCAACGGAGCCGGAUUUUGGACCUCCGAUAAGGGCGUUUCAAACUGUAAGAGUUGCAACAAAGAGUUCAGCAUGACCCGCCGGAAACACCACUGUCGAAACUGCGGAAAUAUUUUCUGCUCGAGCUGCUCCGAGCACAUGUCUGUGAUACCGGGUGAAGCCAGUGGGAAACCGAUGCGGGUUUGCGAUUCCUGCUGGCAGAAGUUAGCAAGUAGUCCCACUCCUAUUGCCAAGUAAAACUAAAAAAAUAAUAAUCAAGGUAGGUAUCAAGUGGCAGAUUGAAACCAGAAAUUCUUCCUCAUUGCUUCUUUCGUGGAUGAAGUUGCAACACUGUCCAUUUUGAGGGUCGACACCUAGUGCAAAUUAAAAAUGUUGAACAUGCCUUACUGACACCUAGAAUAGUGAAUUAGUUUUAAAUAAAUCACGAAACGACAUCAGAAUUAAUGUUUGUAAGAUAAAAGAGAUAUUUAGCUGUUUUAUAUAAAUUAUUUAUCGAUUAGGAGGUAUUGUUUCGAAAAUAAAAGAUUUAUAACGAAA